AUAGGUUAGAUAGCUACUGCAGCAGACAACUCCCCUCUCUCUCUGUCUGUCUCUCACUUUAUCUAUCUAACAUAAUUUUUUCUCUGUUCCCUUCUUUCUCUCUCUGUCUUCCCUGUCUUCUCUCUCUCUCUCUUUCUCUCUCUCGCUCUCUCUCUCCCCCCUCUCUCUCUCUCCUUCUCCCUCUUUCUGUGAGGAGGAUGUCUAAGCCCCAGAAUGGUGAGCCAGGCAGCCCUGCAGGAGUCCCAGCAGCAGAUGAUCCAGAGGUGAUGUUCCAGGUGCCUGGUCCAACCGUCUCCUUCUCCAGACUACACUACUCUGUCAUGGAGAGCAAUGGACUCUGCCACAAGAGAGGAACUGAGAAACACAUCCUCAAAGACGUCAGUGGCAUCAUGAGACCAGGGAUGAACGCCAUCAUGGGGCCAACAGGAAGUGGAAAAACAUCUCUCCUGGAUGUGAUAGCAGGUCGUAAGGACCCAGCAGGGUUGAAGUUUGGUCAGGUUCUGGUCGAUGCGAAGAUGGUGGACUCUGACCUCCGACUCAUAUCUGCCUACGUGGUGCAGGCUGUGACCAUUAAUGAGUUUAAAGGACAGAUAUUCUACAACAACACAACCAUUCUUCCAGGGGAGGUGUACCUGGAGACCCAGGGAAUAGACUGCAGCACCUGGGGUUUCUGGCAGAACCAUGUAGCUCUGGGUGGGAUCAUUACGGUGUGUAUGGUCUUGGCCUACAUACAGCUCAGACAGAUCAACCGCUGGAAGUAACACAUGAAACUACACCUUCUGGAACAACAGGGACUGUGAAGAGACACACGCACGUUAGCACACGCACGCAAGCACACGCACGCAAGCACCCGCACGCAAGCACACGCAGGCAAGCACCCGCACGCUAGCACACGCACGCAAGCACACGCACGCAAGCACACUCACGCUAGCACACACACGCUAGCACACUCACGCUAGCACACACACUCUAGUACAUUGUAAUAUUGUUGUAUGGUUGUAUUGUAAAUUUUGUGUUGUAGAUAUGUAGUGGUGUAAUAAUGUUAUAUGAUGUGCUGUUGAUCUUGUUUUUUGGUGCCUUAAUACAGUCUAAGUCCUGUCUAUGCCGGGGGAGGGGUUCUACUGAACUAUAUGGAAUUGUUUUAAGAAGGUCAUACCAAGUAUCUUUUUGUUAUUUGAUUUAGAAUUUUAAGACUUCUUGAGGUAUCAAAAAAUAUAUAAAACAAAUAUUUGAUGAACAUUUUUAUUUGACCUUACUGCUGUUAGUCCAUACAAACACAUUGAAUAACAGAUAGUCCCAAAACAAAAUUUAAAGGAAGUCUGAUGUGUCUGUCCUAUAUCUGAGAGAUAAAAGAAAGAUCAGGAAA